CACUUUCGUGAUCUCGACCUCGCCCUCAAUCGCCAACAAUUCCGCCCGGCUGCAAAAGACGUGGCAUGGGACCCGGCCGUGAUCUGCAUACUCGCUAUUGGUUCUGCUGACCGCUAUGACGGAUAUAGUUCUCUCCUCCUGCUAGUACAAUUUGCAUAUACUCACUCUCGAGGCUCCGCUGUUCAUAGCAAUCACAAUGGCUCAGUCACCGGACAAAAAUUUCACCAACGUGUUCAAUGUGGGAAAUUUCGAGCAAAUCCGAUACUGUGUAUAUGUGGAUCCGCUCUCGCGACCAGUAAAUAUCUUCCUGGCUGAAUGGUCUCUACGGCAAAAACACAAAACAUGCUUGGUCUCUUGCUACUCGAAAGAACUGUGGACUUUCUCCUUGAGUGAAGGAGUUAAUCCGUCUGUCCCGGAUUCAGUCUAUGGCUUGAAAGAAAUAUCGACCGGAUCAUUCCUUCCCUCAACACUGACAAUGUCCGAAACUACCUCGCCACAAGCUUUCCCCGCUCCUUAUGUUCCCCUAAUACUCGCAAUCUCUGGACUCAUCACACGCAAUUUGACUGCCGAUUACGACUAUAUCCCAAUCGGGUCAAUGUUCGUAUCACCUUCACAAGUCCUUGCCCACUUCAAUCUACGGUUAAUGGCUUCUGGAACUCUGCUCAUAACUCCUCACUACCAGCGCACUCAAAUCAUGCGCCUCUCGUCUGCUCCUGAACUCCCGAUGAUUGACACCAGAUUGAUAAUUGCCCCAAGUGGCUCGCAUGGCGCGUUUGUUUCGGUGACAGAUGCGCCCCCACAAGACGCAGCCACGAUAAUAUCAAACAUCUACAUGUCUUCUGGCUAUCGCGUUUUGAAUGACGAGAGCUGGUGUAAUGUCAUUGUCGACGGAAGUCCAGCGGCGUGCUCAUGGCCGACUGAGCUGUGCUUCUUCUUCCCGCCUUGGAAGUCAUCAGACGAUCUACGAGAUCUUGAAUGGUACAAGGUUGGCGAUGCACUAGAUGAUGUUGAGAAACUCAUUAUUGGGUUUUCUAGACCACCUGGUGAUAUGUCGCCGAUCGCUAUGCCGGCUUCUGCGUACCGACGGACACCGGGAAACGUUUACCCAACGCCGCCUGAUCCACAAAAUCAAAAUAGGAUGACCAACGAAAGCGCCGCAAACAACUGGAGUACGCCGUCUGGCGAGCGCAGUGAUUAUCCAUUGGCCUCGCAGUGGGGCGGUGUCGAUGACGAAGGGGAUCCUGAGCCGAGAAUAGGUGGCCCUGAUGAAGACGUGCUGAUGAUUGGAGAUACCGAAGAAGUCACGGAGGCGGACUUUAACUUCUUCGACGACGACGGUAACUCGCCCAACAGCAAGUUCUUCUCAGAAAACAAUCAGAUGGGCAACGAGUUUCUAGACCAGAAUCUGCAUUCCUUCGAUAUCGAAAACAUGUCAGAGUUGACAAAUAUCAACGUCGAGGAAGGCCCGUAUCGGUACAAAGUCGAAGAUUCCGAGAUGCAAAGGCAGCAAAGCAAAGAAAAACAGAAUCCAGACAAAAUCAUAACACCCCCACUAUCACCUCUCACUGUGCUGCCGAGCGAGGGAACAAAAGGCUCACUCACUCGCAAACGGAAAGGCGUCUUUACGCCGCUUACAUUCUAUCCAAAUCUGGAGAGUGCGUUGGAUAAUAAAUACAGUAUGGGCGGGCGCUUUUAUGUAUCUCAAGAUGAGAGCGACGACUCUGAGAGCGAGGACGAGAACUCAGUGAGUGAUAACGAGCGCUCCGACUACCAAGAUGGCAAGACCCCACGUUCAGAACGAGAGGAAGACAGACGGGAACAGAAGCGGGUAGGCGAGAUGCUUUCUGAUGAUACCUCAUCAGAUGCGUACGUCUCCCGUCAGUUGUGGUGGGUAUUGCUGGUAACCACACGACACACACGAGAUGAUCUUCUAAUAUCGUCGGUGCAACCAUCCGCUUCUCGACUUACUCAGUCGUUUAUCCGCAAAUCUGCCGAAUACACGUCGGCGGAGAUGGACCAGCUUCUUCAGUCUUUAUGCGAAUCGGUUGUUUGGGAUAGCUCGGUCCUGUUCUGCUUCCUUCCACCCCUGCCAGCCGUUGGAGUCUGCGGCCCAGACUUUGUCAAUGUGCUCAAGGAGAUUUUCGGAUCGAUACAGUCGCUUCAUCUCAGUGACUUUGCCCCGCUCGCUGAUUCGAAUAAUGCGCUCACCAGUUACCAAAACUUCCAGGACACCGUUACUGAUCCGUCGGUACACAGUCAAAAUGCCAUGAAUAAUUUCAUGUUCCAGGUCGAUUUGUUCUGCAUGGGUAACGCAGCACCCGAUACUGCGUCGAGUAAACCUGAUGGACCGAUAAUAAAGCAAAAGACAGCCAAGUCGAUCUUCUACGCUCCGCCUCCUCUGUUCUCGUUCAUCAGACUGAAUACUGCGUUAGAGGCACUCCCUCCCGCUCUUCGGUUCUGGAACGUAUUUGGAUUCGAGCCACAGAGCGGGAAGAAAAAUCUGCUGAGUUUUAUUAUGCAUCCGGGUAGCCCUGGCAUGGCGUCGGCUGCGUCGGCGUUUAUGAACCGAUUCAAGCCUGUAUAUGAAGGAUGCAAUUUAGGCAGUUUUUCCAUGGGCGAGGUCGGAAAUUAUAAAAAUGGUCUUGUGCCUUUGAAUUACAGUGGGAAAUCGGUCUCUGAAGCGCUAGAUGAAAUGCGAAAGACGUUUGUGCUUCUAGGCCGACUUUUAUACAGAUACGCCAAUUCAUCCACGAACGUUCUAAUUCUCCUCGCUACGCCUUUCUCCGACCCAUCGUCUCUGCUGUUCAUCUGUCAGGGCUUCGACCAGCUAAAACAGGAGUUUGCAGCGCUUGUCGGCAGCCCUGUCGAAUCAUGCUGUGCGAAUCUGGUUUUCCAGAUCUUACCUGUGAACUUCUUUGCUUCCAAAGAAUGCAUAGUCGUUCCGUCGCAGUAUAGCUUGGUCAAAUUUGCUCUGACACUGUAUGACAAGUGCCCGAUCUCGGUCGACCCCUCGAUCAACGGGAGUCAUUUAUCAGCAUACACAUUAGCGCGGAGCUACCCAAGCACGAUCGAAUACAAACUAACCGCGACGCCCUCGUCGUCGCUCUUUUCCGAGAAUUCUUAUGUACAUAUUGCGUAUGCGCGGUCGCGCGACCGAAAGUUUGUCACGGCGGCAUGGGCGGAUCAGUACGGCGAGCUGGCGACGAUUAAGGUGAUGUCGCUGGCUAGAAAUGAUUGUGCGAGACCGAGGUCUGAUGAGGAACUGUGCACUGAGAUCUGGGAGCGGACACUUGCGCUUUUGCCGGAGAUGAAUAUACACUGGCGCCUGGUGUUUACAAAAGUCGGGGUUAUGGAAGCUGAGGAAUUGAAUGUCUGGUUGAACCUGGCCUCGCACACCAAGGAGAAUGUUUUGGCAAUGUUCCUCUGCGUCGACACGAAUCCCAACGUAACGGUUGGCGAGACCGCAGACACUUCAUUCCUGAAUCGCAACAGCAGUAUAUACUCUUCGCCCGAGUCUCUGCAACGCCAUCCCGAGUCGCCUAUGGACCUAUACGGAGCCUCUUCAACUACGCCUGUGAUGCCCGGAGACCACGAAACGCCUGCUUCUGGCGCUACACCGACUUCUACGCCCGGGCAGAGCAUCCCGGUUCCUGUCGGCGGCGGCAGCGGUGCGGGCGUGAGUGGUAGCGGAGCGUCAGCGAACAUCACUACCGCGCUGGACCAGAACGCGCUCCUUGUUGAUUUGCAGGAUGAGACGUUUGGCGUGGUAGUCAAUCAUAGACUGCAGCUCGAUCAGUACGAUGUCGCGGGUCUGCGAUUCAGCUUAGCCAGUGGGUUUCUGUUAAAGCCAGGCACGAACGGGGUGCUCAUGUCAUGCUUGCAAGUGUCCUUGCUGAACGGACCCAAGCCGUGGGACGAUGUGCUGGAAACAGUGCUACGGCAGUAUAGAAACAUGGCUUCGUACGGAGCUUGCACGGGGGUCUUGGAUGGACGGAAUAGCGUGCUGCCGUGGCAUGUUGCUGCGGUGGAAAAAAUGCAGCGGAUUAUUUCGUUUAUUCUUUAGCGAGGGUGGUGUCGAGUUUUUGUUUUGGAUGUAUACGGGAGGAGUUACUGUUUAUUGCUAAUAUAUUAAU